UGCACACACAGGGACUUGAACCAUUUUAACACCACUCUUUGUGAAAUAGCUUUAUUCUUGUUAACUUGUGUGCAUCAAGAAAGGAGAGAUGAAACUGCAACUUUUGAUUGUCAGUUUUUUGAAGUAUUUGGUUCUAACCAAUCAAGAAAAAGAAGGAACACAGCUGACAACAACAGAGGGAUUUGACCUCGAAAAUUUUACAUUUCCUACGUAUGAAGAUGACUCAUCUCCUUGCAGUGUAAAUGUGCCUGGAUUCAAUAGCUUGGGCCUGAUGAUCACCUUCAUCAUCGUGUGUGUCUUCAGCAUGGUAGGCAACAGUGUAGUUGUCUAUGUGGUUUGCUAUAUGAAGAAAGGUAGAGCCAGCACAGAUAUCUACUUGAUGCACCUGGCGAUGGCGGACCUUCUCUUCAGCUUUACCCUGCCAUUCUGGGCCGUCAAUGUUCAUUCUGGUUGGAUCUUCGGCAACUUCCCGUGCAAACUCCUGUCAGGGUUUCAGGAGGUAUCGGUAUAUAGCGGUGUCUUCCUGCUGGCCUGCAUCAGUGUGGACCGUUACUGCGCCAUUGUGAGAGCUACACAUGCCCGGUCCCAUCACCUGUUGGUGAAAGUUGUGUGCUGUGUGGUGUGGGUGGCGGCUGGACUACUGUCCUUACCUGUGGCAAUUCUAAAGGAGAGCAUGCACGCUGAAGACCUGGGCCUGGCCAUUUGCUAUGAAAACCUAACUGGUGAAAGCAGCAACCACUGGCGUGUUGGCAUUCGUGUUCUACGUCAUACUAUGGGCUUUUUCCUGCCACUGGUGGUGAUGGCUGUCUGCUAUGGCUGGACUUUGGUGAAGCUGUUUCAUGCACGUAAUCAACAAAAAUAUAAGGCCAUACGCGUCAUCCUGGCAGUGGUGAUAGCAUUUGUUCUGUGCUGGCUGCCUUAUAACAUAACUGUACUGAUUGACACACUCAUACGAGGCGGAUCUCUUAAAGUGGAGACAUGUCAAUCUCGCUACAUAUUGGUAGUGAUCCUAAAUGUGACCCAGUUGUUGGCCUUCUCGCACUGUGCAGUGAAUCCAGUGCUGUAUGCCUUCAUUGGGCAGAAGUUCCGUAACCAGCUGCUCUUAGCUCUUUACAAACAUGGCCUCAUCAGCAAGAGGCUCCAGAAUGCUUACAGGAAGGGCUCUGUCAACAGUGCAGGGAGCACCAGAUCUAGACUCACCUCUGCUACUAUGUAAAUGACUCCUGAUGGAUUGGCUCGGUUGCUGGUCAUUUUCAUUUGAUUAAUACCACUCUAUAUGUCUGUACAGUAAAUAUGUAGCAUAAAUACUGGAAAAAGGGACAUGGCUUAUUUCCUAAAAGUUAUUCCUUUAAAUCAUGUUAUUAACCAUUGGACAACUAAUCACACUGAAGAAUGUUAACUUUGUGCUCAAACAUAAAUCAAUCAUUGUCAAUGGAGAAAAAUGUGGCAUGCAAACAAAGCAGUUAGAGAAAGCUACACAGCCACUGACUACUUUGAUGAUGUGCCAUAAUAACUGGUGAAUUAUUGAGAUUUUAUUGUGGUUUAGGAACAUUUUACACAUUUUAUAGCCAUUUAAGUCCUUUAAUAACGUAAUAUAAUUGUGUUUUGGAUUCAGAGACAAUGUGGACGUGACUGGAGAACCAUGUUUUUAUUUUGUAGUUUUUAAUUUGAAUGGAUUUCUUUGCCCUUAUGGCAAUCAGUAGUGAGAACAGAAAGAGUAUUAGAUUCAGAUCAGAUUCCUUCAUCUUUCAAUCUUUUUAAAAACAAGGUGCUGUCUGUCUCUGAUGACUGAUUUUAGGCAUUAAGGGCACACUUAUAGGGUCUGUACAAACUGCUGGGGCAUCAAACUGUGUUUUUAAUUAAUGCUACACUCUGUCUUGAAGUUGACAUCUGGCUGUGCUAAAUAAGAUAUACUUCAUCUGUUUAUUCAAAUGUGUACCUUGAUCACAUGAAUGUGUGCGCAGUUGGCACGCAGAUGUGGUGUGUGUGCAUGUGUGCACCUGCGUGGGUGCAAAUUGUGUCUUUCUGAGAAAUUGUGCAAGCAGCCAUUGUGGCAUAACAGAAUUACAUGUAAAGGGAUGUUUUCAUAUUUGAAAAAACCUGAUACGCUCAGCCUAUAUUUAGAGUUAUUUUAUGCUUGUCUGAAAAACUGUAUUAUGUAUAACCCAACAUGUACACCGAUUAGCCAUAACAUUGUGACCACCUGGGCACCCUGGUGGUCGUAAUGUUAUGCAGUCCCAUAUGCAACAAACUGUGAUACACUGGGUGUUCUGACACCUUUCUAUCAGAACCAGCAUUAACUGUUUCAGCAGUUUGAGCUACAGUAGCUCCUCUGUUGGAUCGGACCACACGGGCCAGCCCUUCGCUCCCCACGUGCAUCAAUGAGCCUUGGGUGCUCAUCAUGACCCAGUCCCCAGUUAACGGCUUUUCCUUCCUUGGACCGCUUUUGAUAGGUACUGACCACUGCAGACCGAGAACACCGCACAAGAGCUGCAGUUUUGGAGAUGCUCUGACCCAGUCGUCUAACCAUCACAGUUUGGCCCUUGUCAAAGUCACUCAAAUCCUCAUGCUGCCCAUUUUUCCUGCUUCUAACACAUCAACUUUUAGGAGAAAAUGUUCAAUUGCUGCCUGAUAUAUCCCACCCACUGACAAGUGCCAUGAUAACCAGAUAAUCAGUGUUAUUCACUUCACCUGUCAGUGCUCAUAAUGUUAUGGCUGAUCAGUGUAUAUGUAGUGUAGUGUGUAAUUACAAAUUCACACUAUACAGUAUGGAAAAUAAAUGGCUAAAUAGUGCAAGAAAUUGUACUGAUUGGAAAAGCAGCUGAAAUAUAACUUGUGAAUAGUUUAUGUUAUGAAGGUCCUUGAAAAACUCUUUCACCUAUCUUUUAGCUUUUGGGUAUUUUGUUUGUUUUCUGUAUGACACUUUCCAGGUAUCUGCACUGCUUUAGUUUGGAUUGAUAUAUCUUACUUGUGAUCGAAUAAAUCCUCAAACCCAAAA